AUGUCUAAGCAAGAUCCCGCUGAGCAAGUCCGCUUCCUUGUGUCCUGCAUUGGUCACACCACCAACGGAAGACCCGACUUCAAUCUCGUCGCUGAAGAGCUUGGAAUUGUUUCCAAGGCUGCUGCUCAGAAGAGAUAUGAGCGAAUGCUCAAGGCAAAUGGAGUGAAUUCUUCCAAGCCUGCAGCUAAAUCCAGCACUGGAGAUGGCAAGACGCCGACUACCCCAGUCAAACGCAAGCCAGCUGGAGCAUCUGGAGGCAGCGCCAAAAAGAAGACUAGAGCUACUAAGAAGGAAGAAAGUGACGAUGAUACCAAAGACCCAAAGUUGGUCUCCAAGCCCACCAAGGGCGUGAAGAAAGAGCCCAAGGAAGAG